AUGUCCGCCUUUGACAUUGUGGUAGUCGCCGCCAGAGCCCACUCCUUGUAUGAUGUCAAAUGCGAUAGAGGUCAGCCUUCGUGCGGUUGGUGUGUCCGCAAUGCCCAGGUCUGCGAGUACAAGGAGCGAAAGAAACCUGGCCUUCGUGCCGGCUAUGGAAGAGAGCUUGAAGCAAGACUUGAUAAGCUGGAGGGCGUGUUGAAUACACAGCAACAGGUCUUGCAGCAGCUGGCUGCUCACUUGCCACCCGUCCAACCUCAUGUGUCGCCGGCUUCACAGCACUCGCAACAUGGACAGCGUUCCCAAACCGCCCUUUUCAUGCAAACUCCUGACAUGUAUCCAACCGCUGCAGCAAUUCAGUACAAUCGUUUGCACUCUAACCAAGGCAACGACGCAGAUCAGAGCAGCCAAAUGCAGCAUCAUGCGCAACAGCACUCUAUUCACUUAUCACAGACAAGUCCAAACGAGUAUGCGACUAGCAACCCGCCCCUUGAGUCUCCCAGUCUGAACAUCUCUGCUGCUCAGGACGGUGCUAUGAAGGCAGUAUCACAGGAUCAGGACUUCCCUCCUUAUGAUUUGCUUUAUGCCUUGACAGAUCUCUUCUUCAAGCAUAUUAACACGUGGUGCCCAAUUCUCCAUCGACGGAGCACGCUUGACUCGUUGUUUGGCCCUAAUGCUCUGGAGGAGGCAGAUCGAAUCCUUCUUCACUCCAUCGUGGCCACAACUCUACGCUUCUCAACAGACCCCAGAUUGAGUGACCAAGCUCGGCAAAGGUAUCAUACUACUUCGAAGCAAAAGGUUCUUCUCUAUGGUCUGGAAAACAGUUCUGUGAAGGCACUUCAGGCACUGGUCAUACUGGCUCUUGACACGGUAGGAAGCUCGAAUGGCCCGCCCGGAUGGAAUUUGCUUGCUUUGAUCACCAGAAGCGUGGUGCAGCUAGGCCUUGCUGUAGAGACUACUUCAGCAUCCAUAGCACCUCUCUUUCCCUCGAUCUAUACGCUUCGCGCCAUGGUGCUUCCGGAGCCGAAAUCUUUCAUUGAGGACGAAAGCCGGCGUCGCUUGUUCUGGAUGGUCUAUCUUCUUGACCGCUAUGCGACCAUCGCUACUGCAUUUGAGUUUGCUCUGGACGACAAGGAGAUCGACAGGAAGCUGCCUUGUAGAGAUGAUCUCUUCGCCCGCAAUCAGCCAGUCGAUACCCGCUGGUUUCAGACGCUUGAAGGAGAACAACAUCAUCUCGGCGAGAUGAAUCAUCCUGAGAACCUUGGCUCUUUCAGCUACUACAUCGAGAUUGUUGGCAUCAUGUCGCAAAUCCAUCGAUUUCUGAAGAAGCCCGUCGACAUCUCUGCAUUAUCAGAUGUGGAACAAUGGCAGAAGGAGUACCGACAACUCGAUAGCAAGCUUAACCAGUGGAAGUUCAGCCUUCCGGGCGAGUAUGGCAACAUGUCUCGGCUCUUCAAUCCCAACGGCGGGAACAAAAUCGUGAACUGCAUCUGGAUCAUGCUACAUAUCACCUACCAUACGACUGUCAUCCGACUGCACUCCUCAGCCGCAUAUCCCACAACUAGGUCGCCGAUAUUCACUCCGUCCUUCAGCGCAAGUCAACGAUGUCACACUGCAGUCGAAGACAUCUGCGCCUUGUGCACGUACGUCCGUGGUAACAACAUGCUCACAAAGCUCGGACCUCCUUUCGCUUUCAGCCUCUGGGUCGCCGCCAGACUCUUGCUCGUCCAUGGCUCCACCAUCGACCACCACGUCAAUCCUGCCAUUAACCCUCUCGUCGAAACUCUCCGAGAAAUAGGCUACUACUGGAAGGUGGCGGAGCGCUAUGCAACUCUCCUGCAAAGAGUCAUGGACGAAUACAGCGAAUCCGAACGCGCACCCGUCCCUGCCUCCGGCGUGCGCGAAACUCCCUCCACCGUCCGAAUCCUCGCAGACAUGCGCCGCUGCGCUUACGACUUGGACUUUCUGAUCUCAAGACAGCCUAGACAGUAUUUUGGCGGUAAGCAAGGCGGCAUCAAUUCUUCGAUUACUCCCGCGAGAACCCCGGCUCCCAAUGAGUUGGAAUAUCUUGACGUUUUUGAUUUUUUUAAUAUGCCCAGAUUGCCGUAUGGUGGUCCCGGUGCGGGUGCGGGUGCCGCUGAUGCCGCUGCGAUUUCGAUGGGUAAUGGGGAGGCUGGGAAUGGGAAUGCUGCUGUUGCUGCGCAACCUGAGUAUCAGAAUUUUAUGGAUUAUCAAACUUUGGAUGGGGGGAAUAAUGGGAGUGAUUGGCUUGUUCAAUGACGUAUGUAAUGGGAAGUUGAGAUGUUUCUCGGGGGUUUCUGGUUGUUGUGAGCGAAGCAACAGCUUGCUUGCUUCGAUAAGUAGUUAGCAGUGAGUGUGAGUGUAUACAAUUCUCAAGUCUGAUCGGG